UUCCUCCAAGUUCCAACCUUUGCUUUCUCUUCCAGCUCACACCUCAUACAACGCCGAAUCGCCGGCAUAAAUGCUAUCCCUUCCCCUUCCCCAGUGAGAAAAAAUUUAAAAAAAAAAAAAGAGAGAAAAAACCUCUGGUGAUCUUUUGGCUUAGUCCUGCGCGUCUUCCAUGGCGAUCUCUUCCUCCCCUCUUCCUCGCCCAUCUUCUCCCCCUCCUCUCCCAGACCCCUGCGAUCCCGACCUCGUCCGAUCCCUUCUUCGGCUCUCGAGAGAGAUUUCCCGCUUCGAGCCUCCCAAAUCCCUCCAAAAUCGAAACUUCUCUUCAAUUGCCCGCAAAUCGAAGCUCCUGGCACUGUUCUUCGAGGAGCUCCUCCGCGAUUCCACCCCCGAUCUCCCCCGAUACGCCUCCCUCUGUCUCAAAGAGAUCCUUCUCGUUCUCCAGCGUUUCAAGGCCUUGCUCGGUGAUUGCUCCACCCGGAGCCGAAUGCGGCUCCUCCUCCAGGCCGACACCGUCGCCAACGAGUUCCACGAGCUCACCCUCGAGCUCUCCAUUCUGCUGGACAUUCUCCCUCUAGCUGAACUGGAUGUGGGGGAGGAUGUGAGGGAUCUCGUGGAUAUGGUCCGCCGCCAGUGCCGGCGGUCGACGGCUGCGGUGGAUCCGGCGGAGGCGACGCUCCGGGGCGAGAUAUUUGACAUCAUCCGCGAGAUCGAGAGGGAGAUCGUGCCCGAUCGGUCCAAGCUGGAGGCGGUGUUCGAGAAAUUGGGGCUGGACGACUCCCGGAGCUGCCGCAACGAGAUCGAGUCGCUGGAGCGCGAGAUCGGCGACCGGGUUGCCGAGAAAUGGACGGCGGCGAUGAUCGCCCUCGUCGGCCUUGUCCGCUACGCCAAAUGCGUCCUCUACGGCGCCUCCACGCCGAAGGCGGAGUCCGCCGGAAAAUUUAGCUUCUCCGCGACUGAUCUCGCAGUCCCCGCGGACUUCCGGUGCCCGAUCUCGCUCGAGCUGAUGCGGGAUCCCGUCGUGGUGGCGAGCGGGCAGACGUACGAUCGGGAGUCCAUCAGCCGGUGGAUCGCCUCCGGGCAUGCCACGUGUCCCAAUACCGGCCAGGCCCUCACCCACACCAACCUGAUCCCCAACAAAGCCCUCAAGAAUUUGAUCUUCCAGUGGUGCCGCGAGCAGCACGUGCCGUUCGUCGGCGUGGAUCCCGGGAACGGUGGAAGGGCCACCGCCGUCAGCGCCAACAAGGCCGCCCUCGAGGCGGCGAGGAUGACGGCGUCGUUCCUCGUCCAAAAGCUAGCCGCCUCGUCGUCGACGGAGGCCGCAAACCGUGUCGUCCACGAGCUCCGCCAGCUCGCCAAAUCCGGAUCCGAUAACCGCGCCUUCGUCGCGGAAGCCGGCGCCAUUCCGUUACUCCUGCCGCUUCUCCGUUCGGAUGACCCUGGCCUCCAAGUUAACGCCGUUACGGCUUUGCUCAACCUUUCCAUCCUCGAAGCCAACAAGAGGCGGAUUAUGCGUGCGGACGGCGGCGUUGACGGCAUCGUUGACGUGAUGGCGAGCGGUGCCACGUGGCGCGCAAAGGAGAACGCGGCCGCGACGAUCCUGAGCCUCUCCUCCAUCCACGUCUACCGCAGGCGAUUGGGCCGAAAUCGUUGUGUCAUUGACCGAUUGGUCAAUCUCGUAAAAGUAGGGCCCACCAGCACGAAGAAAGAUGCGCUGGCGGCAAUUUUAAGCCUGGCUGGCGAUCGGGAGAACAACGCACGGUUGGUGGAGGGCGGCGUGGUGGAGAUGGCGCUCGGAGCGGCGGAGGUGGCGGAGGAGGCGGUGGCUGUGCUCGCUGCGGUGGCGAAGAGGGGUGGCGCGGAGGCGGUGGGGAAGGCGGAAGGGUCCACCGCGAAGUUGGUUCAGGUUUUGAGGCGCGGGUCGGACUGGGCGAGGGAGAGCGCAGCGGCGGCGCUGGUCCUGGUCUGCCGGCGGGCUGGUGUCUCCGCGGUGGCGGAGCUGGCGGCGACCCCGGGAAUCGAGUGGGUAAUAUGGGAGCUGAUGGGAUCCGGGACCGAGAGGGCAAAGCGGAAGGCCGCCGCCCUGUGCCGGAUCUGCCGGCGGUGGACCGCGGCGGUGGAGACCGACCGGACGGCUGCAUUUUCCGCGGUGACCAUCACGGCUUCCACAACCGCGGUGGCGCAGGCUUGAAGCCUUGAUCAUCCUCAUGUACAGCAUUAAAUUACGUGCUCUCUUAGCGGGCGUUUGUGAUUGGCUCGUUAUUCUGAAUAUCGGAGGUUUUUUUAUUUUUUUAUUUUUUUAAUACGAUUGGAUUGAGAUUGAUUUACUAGGGAAUAAGAAAUGAAAUAAAGAAAA